GAGAGGGGAAAAAAAGGAAGGAAGAGGGAAAAAGGAAGAAGGGGAGAGAGAGAGAGAGAAACAAAAAGGGCGGGGGUCUUUGCAUUGCACAAGAAGGAAUCCAGCCCGGGAUUCCUGGAAGGUGGGGCCACCAUGGUGAAGAUCUUUGUUGGGGGGCUUUCUCCUGUGGUCACCGCCGAAGAGCUGCGGAAGCUUUUUGAGCAGUACGGCCAAGUCAACGAGUGUGACAUUUUGAAGAAUUUCGCCUUCGUCCACAUGGAGAAGGAGGACGAGGCCCAUCAGGCCAUCAGCACCCUCCACAAGAGCGAGUUCUAUGGGACCCACCUGACGGUGGAGUACGCCACCUCCAAGAUCCGCAACGCCACCAAGAUCUACGUGGGGAACGUCUCGGCCAAAGCCACCACCGCCCAGAUCCGCCAACUCUUUGAGCGCUUUGGCAAAGUGGUGGAGUGCGACAUCGUCAAGAAUUUCGCCUUCGUCCACAUGGCCAAAGAGCGGGAAGCCAUGGACGCCAUCUUGCACCUCAACGACACCCCACUGGAGGAUCAGAAAAUUUUUGUCACCCUCUCCAAGAGUAAUAGUUCCCUCCGGGCCACCAAAGGGGCCUCUGUGCCCACCCCGGCCACGCCGACGUCCAGCUAUUACUUCUCCAGGGGACGCGUGCCCACUGCACCGGCCACCUAUUCGCCCUACUGUGCCCGUGGCUGGUAUGAUCGGGAGUAUUGUGAUCAGUACACGUACGAGCUCUACGACCGAGCACGAGCGGCGUAUGACCGAGCCCUACCCUCGGCCCCAGCUGCCUACAGAGAAAGGAGCCCUGUGGGGCGGAGGACAUCUACUACCCCUACUGCCGUAGUGGCCCAAUACACUGACCCCUAUGCUGCGGUGGCGGUUGCAGCGGCCGCUGCUGCGGCCAUGGCUGCAGCAAACCAGACAUACAGCCAAGCCUACAGCCAACCUGGGUAUGCCGCCGCUUCGGCUGCUGCAACGUACUCUCAGUACAGUCUAGGAACUGCCUACAAUGUGGCGGAGUACUAUGAGAGGUACGCCAGCGCUUAUGCUGACCAGUACGCCCAGACGUUCUGAGGGCGCUGCACCCUUCCAGUUGCUCUUCCUGGGCAGACUCGGGGCGAUGCCUCCUGGCCGACCAGCCGAGCACUGACUUCCAAGGUUGGUGAUGCUGCAUUUUGUGUGCUCCUCCUUUCCUCCCCCCCCCCACUUCUCCUUUCUCUUCCUUCCUUUUUUCCCUUCCCCCCACGUUUCGAUCCGAUCCGGUCGAAGAACUGCCACGCCAACCCCGCCUUGCGAAACUGCGAUGGGGCCGAAGACGGUGUUGUCCGUUGUCUGGUUUUUUUUCCGAACUCUUCCCUCCGGCCCGGAAUGCCGCAGACCUUUGCACACAACGGCUCCCCCCUUCUGCCAGCUCCAAUCUUUGCUUGCUGUGUGUUUUGCGUGCUAAGCUUCGAUUCCCUACCGCCGCCGCCACGAUGCCAGCCUCUCUAAACCAGGCUUUUGGGUUUUUGGUUUUUUUUUUUGCUUUGCUGUAUUCUUGGGUGCUCCCUGGUUUGAUCGAUAUCUUUCCUUUUUUUCCCCCGUUGAUUUGUUCUCGUUUUAAUUUUGUACAACCGGGUUAAACAAAAUGGGGUCGUUGGCGGCAAGUUGUUUGCUUCCCCCCUCCCUGGUUUUUAAGAUGUGAACGAUUAAACGGCUUUCACAGAACCUCCCGCGUCCGCCUCGUCAAAUGCGCAUUGUAAUCGUCCCCCUCCUUCGCCUCCUCGAGCCGACUUCACCUCUACCGCCUGCUGCCCAUUCCUGUCUGCAUGGGACCGAACGAUCCGGAUUUGCCGCGUGGUGCACACCUUUUUGCGCGCUCCCACCGCCUCCGCCACCCUCCUCCCCUUCGCUUUCCAGAAAGAGGGCCCUCUGCACCGCCGCCUCCUUCCCCGCCAGGGGCUGCUCUCGCCACUAACCCCCUCCCCGGCAGGGAGAGUCGGCCGAACCGUUACGCAGUCCGAAGCCGUGGUCUUGUGCGAAUGCCGGAUUCCGUCGCUUUUGGGUUUGAGACUAACCGAACACUGCCAGGCCACUGAUGCUGUUUAAACCCUGUUCCCCCCUCCCCCUCAUUGAUUUCUCUUUCUCUGUGGACAGCUGUUUCUGGAAGAAGCCAGGAAUUUUGGAGGGCCCCCCCAUCUUCCAAGCAGGCAGAGCUGAACCGAAACCACCCGGCGCCUUUUGUUCUGCUGACAAGAAGCUGCUUCAUCUACCCAAGGGAAAAUAUCCUGUCCUUCUGUCACAUUCUUAAAAUAGGCACCGGAAAACACAGAACGGGGUGUUCUGAAAAUGGCCGUCCUUCUCUUGGGUUCUUGAUGUUCUCGGAGCUCGGAGAACACCACGGUCCAACAGUUCAGUUCUGAGUGACAGCUCUUCCCCAACAGUUGGGAUUGCUGGUCUGGUAUCCUGUAUCAAUCCUCCCCCUUCCCAAAUCCAUUAUGAGCCACAGUGGCAAAAUGGUUAGAGUGCGGUACUGCAGGGCUACUUCUGCCAGCUGCC